GUUUGCUUUUACCUUCAAAAAAUAAGGUUUGCUUUAUUGUUGUCGCAGUUCGCAAUUGUUCAAACAAAUUCUGACCCAAGUAAAGUGAAAUAUUAUGGUGUAAAUUGUGAAUUAAAUAUUUAUAAUCCGCAUAUCAUGCCACAACAAUAUUCAUCAGGAGAGAUGAUCAUUCAAAAUGGUAAUGAUCGGAUACAAUUUGGUUGGACCGUAAGUUACUCCGCAUCUUUCUCUUUUUUCGUAGGAAUUGUUUAGUGCAUGCAAAUUUCUUCGUACAUUGUUUGGUUUUUUGAACCUUCUAUGUACUCGAAGAAAAAAGUAACACUACAUCAAACAAUAUACUCAACUGUAAUUUGCUCUAACUUUCAUUUCUUUUCAAACGUGUAGGUUAAUCCAGCGUUAAACAAAGAUAAUCGCACACAUCUUUUUCAAUACUUUAAUGCCGGCCAAUCACAUUGCUUCAACAUGUUGUGCCCUGGAUUCGUUAACGUCAAUAAAGACAUACCAAUCGACCUUGCUGCGGAACGAACCACGAGAAGAGGAAGUUCGAAAACAUGGUGUAUGGUUCCCUUUGUUUACCAGGAUCCUAAAACAGGGCAUUGGUGGCUUCUACUACGCAACCCAGGUAAACCAGACGCCAUUGUUGGUUAUUGGCCACGAGAGAUAUUCACCGGUUUGGCAAAUGGCGCGACUUAUAUUGCAGUUGGUGGAGAGGCAUAUAGCCCACCUGGUCAGCCUCUUCCUCCCAUCGGAAACGGUUAUUAUCCGGUUGAAGAUGCUACAUUAUCUGCAUUUUGUGCUCGUCUUGUAGUUUUAGAUUCAAACCAUCAAAAGAUUAGCCCUAAACAAACUGAAAAGUAUACCGAUAAUUGGCAUUAUGGAGUCUAUGAUAGGGAACAUUAUGACAAUUUAGGAAGAACAAUCUUCUUCGGUGGUACUACAAUGUAA